AUGGAAGCUGUGGUCAAACUUCGUUUUCAGUUGCAAUCGAUGUGGCUGGAUGAGCCUAGAUCGUACGCCCACCACAUAGGGGGAAAGAGGAUCUUUCAAGAUGAGGUCCACGCGCUUCAGCUCUUAGGGCCACUUCACGGAACGCCAACCCUCUAUGACCAUGGUGUGCUGCGACAGACUGACCGACAUGAUUACCCUGGGGGGAUUAUUAACGCUAUUGCGAUGUCAAAAAUUCCCGGAAAACCUGCCACCGAGUAUGGAGAUCUAAAUGGUACAGAAGGGCCCUACCUCAAGAGCAAGGUGACACAAAUUCUUGAAGACAUCCGUCUCCUUGGCUGGGAGAUGGAUGAUGGUAGCCCCGACAAUAUUAUCUACGACCGUCCCACGAGAACUGUGUACGAGUUUGCCGCUCCUAGGGUUUUCAACAUUGCGCUGACUCCACUAUAG